UGAGCAUCAUGAAUUCUCUGACCAUCAUCAUCUCUCUUGUUUUCAUUUCUCUCUUUCAGCCUAGUCAUGCCCAAAACUCACCCCAAGACUAUCUUGACUCUCAUAAUGUCGCUCGGAAGCAAGUUGGUGUGGCGAAUGUGACAUGGGACAACGCCCUUGCUACCUACGCCCAAAGCUACGCAAAUCAACGGGUCGGCGACUGCAGCCUUGUGCACUCCAAUGGGCCCUACGGCGAGAACCUUGCCAAGGGCACUAGCACAUUCACUGGCACCUAUGCCGUUAGCUUGUGGGUCGCAGAGAAGCAAAACUACAAUUACAACACCAACACUUGCUCGAGCGGGUGUGACUGCUUGCACUACACUCAGAUGGUUUGGCGUGACUCGGUCCGAGUCGGGUGCGCUAGGGUUCAGUGUAACAACGGGUGGUGGUACGUUGUGUGCAACUAUGAUCCUCCAGGCAACUAUGAAGGAGAACUUCCAUACUAGGAAAGUCUU